AUGGCGUCGGACACCCAAUCGGGUACUAAAUCCCCGUGGGCCCAUGUUCUAGAAGAACUGGGUCUGGCCACUAUGUGGUGCUCCUCCCGCGAUGUCAAGUUCCUCUGCGCCCAGCGAUUCGUGCGUCUGUUUGCUUACGGUGGCUCGACCCUGGUGCUGGCCUCGUACUUAUCGGCCAUCGGCAUUACAGAUGACCGGAUCGGCUUGUUCAUGACCCUGACUUUGAUCGGGGAUGUGGUGAUCAGCUUUUUCCUAACCCUUUUCGCCGAUGCGAUGGGACGCCGAGCGGUUCUCUCUCUCGGCUCUAUCUUGAUGGCUGGCAGCGGUGUCGUGUUUGCCCUCUUCGGGAACUACUGGAUUCUUCUGGCCGCCGCUGUUUUUGGUGUCAUCAGCCCUAGUGGAAAUGAAAUUGGGCCUUUCCGUGCCGUGGAGGAAUCCACAUUGGCACAUCUCACUCCAAAGGAGCAGCUAAGCGAUGUUUUUGCGUGGUACUCAUUGGUGGGAACAGCAGGAACCGCUCUGGGCCAGCUAGUGUGUGGCUGGACCAUUAGCUCGUUGCAGUCCCUGCACGGCUGGGCUUUUAUCCCAUCUUGUCGUAUCAUCUUCUUCGUCUACGCAGGUGUUGGGCUGCUCAAACUUCUUCUCACUCUAGUCUUGAGUCGCGAAAUGGAAGCCGUUUCCGAAGAAGAGGCUCACAAGCGACAGCAGCAGCAGCAACAGGCAGACGAGACACGUCCUUUGCUUGCGGAAUCUCGUUCAAACGAGCAGCCGGCAACCCCGAACAGCAGAAAAUCACUCUUUGCAUCUCUUGACCAAGACUUGUGGUCGCUGGUAAUUCGGCUGUUCAUCCUGUUCGGACUGGAUGCGUUCGCUUCAGGAUUGGCUUCCCUCUCUUGGAUGACGUACUUCUUCCGUCGAAAGUUCAGCCUUCCAGAGGGUGAACUCGGCACGAUCUUCUUUGUCACCAGUACCAUUGCCGCGGCCUCAAUGUUGGUGGCUUCGUCAAUUGCGAAGCGCAUCGGCAAUGUCAAGCCCCUCGCUCGGCAUUCCUUGCCGCAGCUCUCCCCUUCCGACAGACGCACUGCCAUCAUGGGUGCGGUAAACGUUGUCAAGACCACCACCCAAAGCCUUGGUCCUCUUCUCACCGGUAUUCUGGCCCGUAACAAUCUAUUCGGGGUGUCAUUCAUCAUUGCAGGUUGCCUCAAGGUCAUAUAUGAUCUUGGUAUGCUGUUUAGCUUUGGUGGAAAGGAAGCUGCAAGCAGGAAGCUGACCACACAAGAAAAUGAGGAAGAGACUCGGUAA